AUGGAUCCCGUAUUCAUCCAAGUCGAUGUGCAUUUCCAAGGAAUCUUCACAAAAUACCCCAUACGCUACACUAGGGGGAUUACUCAGAGGUUGUCGGACAUCGAUUUCGCAGGCAUGGACCAGAGUAGGUGUUAUGAGUUUAUCGAAAGGUUCACUAGAGAAAAGUGUGAGAAGAACUAUUACUGCCAACCAGAUGUUCAUUUUCCCAAAGGUUUGACCUUAAUUUCCAAUGGGAUGGAUUAUGCUGAUUUAAUAGCAAUAGCUAAUGAAUGUGGUGUUAUACUCCUUAUGUAUGUAGACCAUUUUGGUAAUAGUAACAUGGUGGAAUGGUUGGAAGAACACAAAGGGGAGGUUGUUGAUAACAUAGUUGAAGAAGUGAUUGAUGGUGCAGGACUAAUUAAGGAAAUUGAGACAGACCAUUUGGAUGAGGAUGAGGAUAAGGAUGAAGAUGAAGAUAAGGAUGAGGAUGAUCAUAGCGCUGAGGAUGUGGGUGGUAACGAAGAUGAGGAUAACCAUAGUAGCCCUCAUUUUUUCAAAAAGGAUAAUGGCCCCGAUGUUGACAUGGGUGAGAAUGCAGCUUCGGGUGACCCUUUGGAAGAAGCCAUGGAUGAUAAUGAAGAUGUUUAUCCUCAGUUGCCAAAUAUUUUGAGUGAAAAGCUACACUGGAAUGAGAAAGAACCUUUUUAG